GGCGGCAGAGUUGCCGAAAAGAAAUAUGGGCGUUCGUGGUGCAGGGAGAUUACCAACAGAGAGGAUUGGUGCAUCAACAACGAAAGCAAAAGCAUCUCACACCAUCCAUCGAAUGGUAGCUGGACCACGCCGCACUAGUUUCCGAAUGAGGUUUGGCAGAUCGAGAUAGGCGGCUUCCACCCGGAUGUGGUGGAGAUUGAGCUGGUAUACACUCCGAACCAUGCACCACAAGCGCAUGUCACUGACCGUCCUGGCGGAAACCUGCAGUUGUGGAAGAAAAGCCAAUGCGGCGAAGCUGGCGAGUAUAGAAACGGGUAAUACCGCCUCUAAGCAUCGAGCAUUUUGCAGCACAUCAUGGCCGACUGUGACGGGAGAAAGUUGUGUACGAGUAUGCUCCGACGGUGAUUGCCAGGUUGGUCGAAACCUUGUGAAGCGCGCAAGUGCUAGACUUGUUGAUUGAGUUCGCGCGGAAGAUACCUGGUCGGCGAUCUAGAAUCUGCGAUCUCGCCAAUCGAUGUCUAAAGCUCGUGCUUGGCUGAUAACAGCUG